CGGACGACCACCUUCGUGGACAGACCGGGCGCCCGUUUACCGGUCACUGGUCACCAGCCACGUGCUCGACGCGAAAAAUCCUCGAUCAAGCAUCCAAAUCGGGCGCUUAUGGCCCUCUACUCCUCGUCGUCCAGCCACACUUGUACCAUACCCAGUCUCACAGGAUGGUCCGCCAGUUCAAGUAUCAUGAGCAGAAGCUCCUCAAGAAAGUCGAUUUCCUCAACUGGAAGCAAGAUGCGAACCUCCGCGAGAUCAAGGUCAUGCGGCGGUACCACAUCCAGGACAGAGAGGACUACCACAAAUACAACAAGCUCUGCGGCUCCCUCCGCUCCUUCGCCCACCGCCUCUCGCUCCUCCCCGCGCAGGACCCCUACCGCACACGGAUGGAGGCCCAGAUGCUCUCCAAGCUCUACGACAUGGGCGUCCUCAACUCGCAGGCGAAGCUCAGCGACGUCGAGAACAAGCUCACCGUCGCCGCGUUCUGCCGCCGCAGGCUCGCGGUCGUCCUGACCAUGUCCAAGAUGGCAGAGACGGUCAGCGCGGCGGUGAAGUUCAUCGAACAGGGACACGUCAGGGUGGGCCCUGACACUAUCACGGACCCAGCGUAUCUCGUUACUCGCCACAUGGAGGACUUCGUGACAUGGGUAGACCAGUCGAAGAUGAAGCGUACGAUCAUGAGAUACAACGACGAGCUGGACGACUUCGAUCUGUUGUGAGGCUCGUCUCUACGGUUACUCUACCUGGGUGCCCGCGUUGUGAUUGCGGUAUGACCACCGAGGACGUCCCUGGACAGCCUCCCAAGAAGUGGCCCCUGUCAACCACUCCAUGCAUUCACAACCCAUACCGUCGUCGCUUGGCAACGUGCCUGCUCCGCCGUGCGCUCCGUACACGAAGACGUUCACGCUCGGCCGGAAGACUUCCCAUUUGUAUU